CACGUUCAUGGUUUGGAAGAACGCACGUAUUAUGGCGAUUCUAAUGUCCGCAUGCGCAGAGCAGACUUCACCGCAUCUUUAAGAAUGUUUAUUGGGAUUUAGAAGAACAGUUAUAUGAAUGUCAGCACUAUAUGAGAAUUUUUUCUUAACUUUAUCACGUACCAGAGCGAUAUGGUCAAACAUUGAAUGCCCAACUCUUUGAAAAAAUUUUGAAUGAGGUAAUGAACUUUAUUAUAAUGUCUUGUUUUGUUUUUUAUUAUUUUAAAUAGCAUCCAAGCACAGUUCCAAUUUGUUAUAAUGAGAGGACUUUUCUUUCACGGUUACAGUGUUUUGUGGAGUCUUUUCUCACAUCUUGCUAUAUGGGUUGUCUUAAUCCGAUAUGUAUCUUGCUCUGUGUUUUAGAUCUCUGAUUACAAACAUCCAGGUUGUGACAGCAGUGGUAUGCAACAAGGAAUGUACACAUUGAAACCACAAUUCUGGGAAACACAUUUUGAUCCUGUCCAUGCUUUAUUGAGAGCAUUCAAUAGACGAGAAUUUCAGUCUGCAAUGGAUCGAUAUACUACUCAGUAAGUGUCAACGAUAUUCCAUUUUGUUGAUGUGAAAAUGACUGGUGCAUAUUGUGAAUGCGUGUGCACGCGAGUUUCAUGCAUGUUUCAAUAAUAUGCUUGCAUAUAGGUUGGCUGGUUUAAACGAAUUGGCAAUUAACAAAGAUUGUGAAAUAAUUAGGUUCAGUGAAUGUACCGGUACUAUAAAUCCAGCAUUGGUCACACAAAAUAUUGGGACUGGGAAUUUACAUGUAUAGGUUCUCAACGUAUCCCCGUUCAUUUAAUUUGUUGCUUUAAAUUGGGGUACUCAGACCUUGUUUUGCUUCAAUUAAAUGCUUUUUUGUCUUAUAAUUAAUAACAUACUAGGUUUUCAUGGUUGAAAAGACCUUGUUACAACUUAAUUACUUAGUAAAUCAGCGAUCUUUUAGAUAUCGUAACCCCUGUUUUAAUCUUUUGCCACGCCCUCCCGCCCUAAUAUCCGCUCGUGAGUAUAAAUUUUAAUCCAUUCUGCAUCGCAUCUCGUUUCUUCAGCUUACGGCAACAUAACUCAUCGUAUGUGACAUCAGCAUGGCCACCAUUUCGACCUCUUACGCCAGUGCCAAAAUCAUUUAACGGUGUGUUUAGGUAUGUAAUGUUCAACAUGGUUGUGUUUAUUUUGUGUGUUGGUGUUAUGUACUCAGGUGAAUAUGAUGUUACUCUGAGUGUGCAUCCACACCGGGCAAGCUGAAAAGUUAGCUUGGCCACGGUGGGAAUCGAACCCGCGACCUUUGGGAUACUAGUCCCAUGCUCUGCCAACUGAGCUACGUGGUCAAGUCGGUUCGAGUUGAUGAUAUUUCGGAACUGAGUCUAGUUCCUUCGAUAUCAGUGUGUUCUAUGAUAUAUGAGAUAGAAUGAUUGGAGAUAGACCUUAAGAACCUCUUUAACCUUUCAUUAUAGUCUAACUCUUACUACCCCUGAAUACAGGUAACUUACUUAGGCUUGGUUUCUAUUUGGAUCAGAGUGAAAAAAUCUUCUUCUACAUGUUUCUGUUUACUAUUGCUGCUUUAGUUCGUCAGGGUUUCUUGUCUCCCACAUGUAGUCUCUGCUUACUUUCCUUUUGUAAGACCAAGUGAACUGCAAGAGUCAGUAUGCCAUUUACAUGUAUCACACGUUUCAUAUUACUAACUAUCAGUAACAAGUUUUCAAACAAUCUGUUUCGAUCUAAUCGAGGGUAGAGUGAAAUACACACAAGUUUUAUACGUAUGUACCGCAAAGUUUUGUAAAAUGUAAUGAAUAUUAUGCUGUUUUGGAUUACUUAGAUUACUUCACUGCAAGAAAUUACAUCAGAUGUUAUACUUAAUAUUGUAUAAGGUAUUGUAAAAGAAACAUUUUGAAGUUAUUGUCACGCAUAGAAACUCAGUUUGUGUAAUUUACAGUAAUUUUAUUUCAUGUAAUACUGUUCAACUAUAUUGAUGUUUUUCUAUCAUAGGCCACGUCAAAUGUGACCCCAUUAUCAGAAACCGUUAUAUAUUUAGCAGUCCAUCUAAUAACCUUAGCAGUUCAGUCAUCUGCUACAUGUUUUCAAAUGGUAAGCUAAUAUUAUAUCUUCUGUACAGUAGUAAAAAACGCAUAUUACAGGUAUAUGUUUCGUUAUUACUUAUUUGUCAGGUGUGUUGGUUACUAUUUACCUGUUUACCUCCACAAGAAGGCUAUAUUUCCAGUUUUAUAUUUUUCUCGGUUUGUUUGUUUGUCCUCGUUUGGGCAAGGCACGUAAUUUAGGAAAACGCUCGUGCAAACUCUCAUGAACUCUCACUCUCGUUUGACAAGGGCUUAAUAUAAUUACUUGGCAGCAAAUGCAUGUGUUCAACAUCAAAAGUAUUGGCCCUUAUUCAAUAUUGGCUUCAUCAUCCACACUAUUGGCUUCAUCAUCCCCUAUUCAAUAUUGGCUUCAUCAUCCACACUAUAGACCCAUUAAAUCUCUAUAUUAUAUAGUUCUAUCAAACGCAAAUCCACUACAAAGGAUAGAAAUAGUCAAUUUAUUUUCUUAGUUUUAGAACUGCAGGUUGGCCCCCGUUCUGUUACACAAUGCGCUUAGUGCAACCCAGCUACCUAUUCAUUAAUUCAAAGUACUGGCAUGGUUCAUAUCGGUGUACUGCAUAACAUUUUUGUCAAUUAAUAAAUACUUUAAAUUUUGUUGCAUUAUCUUUAUUUUAGUUACCAUGUCCCUAUCGACCUUCACUAAGUGAUGUCGGCGACACAGGUUGUGUUAUCGUAACAAAGUGUUUACAUUUCCUGGAUCAACACGGUAAGUAAGAUUUGAAACUCCUAGUGGUUGCGAUGUUGAUCUAAUUGACGUUCGGAUCAUCACCGUCAAUGGUAAUGAUGAUGAUCAUGAUCACGGUCAAGACACAAUCGCACGUUACACGGGACGUCUUCGCUGCAGCAUUCUGACUCAGCCAACUCAGGCAAUGUUUUGUAAAAGAGAGCAACAUACACGGCAAAAAACGCCGAGCCCGCUGCUCAACAGGAUUGAACAAUGUUUUGCUGCCCACGUUGUUCACACUUGUCAACAAUAUUGAACAAUAUUGUUGAGCCUGAAUCGGGUGUAACAAUAUUGUUCAAUAUUGUUGACAGCUAUGAACAAUGUGGGCAGCAAAACAUUGUUCAAUCCUGUUUUCAUCAAUAUUGCAACAACCUGAGCGUUUUUACGCGUGUAGCAAUUCUACUCCACCUAUGUUUACUGUAUUAAAUGUACCAAGAGACAUGCUGCAAAAAUUAAGUGAUAAAAAAUGAAGUCAUCAGUGUAAAUGAAAAGUUAUACUGUAUUUUUUGGUGAAUAUACUGUAAUUGCGUACUGACAUCGAUCUGAACUCUGAAGUUACAGCAUAAAUUGCCUCAUUAAUAACAUAUGCUUCAAAAGCUUUACCAAUUAAAACAGUAAUAUCAUGCUAUUUUCCCCAAAUAACGUAAAAUAGGUAUAUACAGUAUUUUUGCUCAGGGCGGACACUUCGCGAAAUAUUAGGAGGAGGGGUCGAAUUUAGGUUGGCACCAUAUGACCUCCUUUUGUUGCGGUUGUCCCCCGCCCUCCCUUAGUGUCUGCCGAAAACGGGGUAGUUAUGUUAGCUAUUGUACAUAUUAGUAUUGUACAUAUUCUUAAAGCAUGCUGUUUUGCUAUGUAGGCAGCAGUGUGAAAGAUCUUCAUGCAAACGAAGACUUCAGUGAAAUUAAUGAGACGUUAUUGACAGACCUAAUGUAUGGUGAGUAUAAUUUAAUAUGCAGGGACAAGAGCCUCUUCAGAACUGUUUACUUUCCGUUAGCAAUCUACAAUCGUGGACAAACCUGUUAAUAAACCUGUUCAACAUUCCUGAUUUACGGUGUUUCAUAUUCAGUGGUUGCCGAGGUUAAAAUGAAAUUAUUUGUUUGUUUUAGAUCCUGAAAUGAGUCUAGAUGUGAAGACGAUAUCUGUACAAGACAUAUCUUUGAUACUUGGUCAUACCUUGCAUUACAGAAUGGAACCUUCGUUAUUUGCUACACUAUUGCCAUACAUGAACAGUGUACUAAGCAGCGCUUUGAGUAAGAUUUCUAUUUUUACAUGCAGUACUUUUUCUAUGAAGAAGAUCACUGAAAGGUUAGAUCAGGGCUAGGGCAAUUUUUUGGUGGGAUCGUUUUGAAGUCAGAAAUAUGCCCCGCUUGAUCUGAGGGGAGGACCUAGUGCUGAAUGACCGCUCCAUGGUGAUGGAGUGGUGUAGCGAGACAAUAUGCAUCAACACUUGGGAGGUCCCAAAGAUUCGAGAAUCGAUAUUGAUUUGAUAAGACCCAAAAAGAUUUGGGUAGGACAUUGGCUUCCUCCUCGCACCCCCAGUAAAUAAGUCCCUGAAAAAAGCGGGUGACAAGUAUAAUUUACCUCAAAAUAAAUGACUUUGCACAACUCUAUUUUGAAACACAUUUUUAUUUUUUAUGUCACUAUUAUAUUUAGAUAAUUCCUGCAGUCAAUCUGAGAAAGAGGGACAAUUACAACACAUUCAACACUUGCUGGAAACUCUUCCUGCUUACAGAUACAAUUUGGCCAGGCGUCUGAUUGCUUACUUAAUACGAUAUAUUGAGAGGGAACAAAUUUCCAUGAAAAAUAUCUCCCUUAUAUGUGACGACUCACAGGUAUGUUAAUUAAUUUCUUGGCUAUUUCAGGUUUUCCCAUGUUGUGUACAACUGAUUUCAGGUUUUCUUUGAAGCUGAAAACCUCAGCCUCUAUGCGAAAAAGCAUUUUACAUUAUUAUAUAUAGCAAGUGUCAAUUGUCAAAGUUCAAUUUUCCUGUUUGCCGAUUGGUCAAAACCGCAUCACGUGCCGGUCCACCAAACGUCAUGUUCAGUGCAUGCUUUGGCGAGGGGGCAACCGGUCAACAAUGAAACAACUGGAAGUAAGUCGCGAGUUGUUCGCGUCCACCAGCGAAGCAAAGUUUUUUCAAGAGUUCCAGCAUGUCUGCCGGUCGGUUUUAUUGCAGUUUCGGAAUACCAGGUGAAUUAUUGAGGCUUUGACACUUGGUACAUAUAAUAAAACACUUAUUUACUGAGCCCUCGGGAAAACAGCGUGUUUUGUGGUCCCUCGACCGCAGUUUUCGCCUCGGGCAACAACGUCGCCACAAAACACGCUGUUUCCCUCGGUGUCGGUAAAUAAGUGAUAACAGUACAAUCUUUACAUCCUCAUUCAGUACAUUAUGCUUUUCACGCUUAUAUAAAGCUCAGGAACCGGUUGUAUAUAAAAAGGUACUAGUUAAAAGUUAACUACUGCAUGGCUACUAGUGCGAAAGUUAACCAAUCAAAAUCGCGUAUUUUAGAAUUAAUUACGAUUUAACUAUAAAAUAGUAGUUAAGAGUUUUAUUCAACUGAUUCCAGGUUUUUGUGGUUUUGAGUUUCAGUGGACACGAUUGGCUGAAUAAGCUAUGUCUCCUUCAUUGUAUUCAGUGGUGUACUGCAUACUGUACAGUAAACUGACUAAACUAUGUUCUUUGUGCGUGUUCAAAUAAAACUGCAUAUUCUUUUCAUGUUAAGCCACUGGAGUUAACCAUGCUGUUCAAGUAUUUAAUCAAGUUCCACGAGAAGUUAUUUCGGGUUUGUUUCUAAUUUCUUUAUUAAUUUUUAAGCCACUAUUAGUUUAGCACACAAAUAUGGAUGUUGUAUUAAUGGCUUGCUCAAAUACAUUUUCAAGAUGGAUAUUUUCAGAAUAUCUUUUAUUCUUUAAACGGGCAUUAACAAGCAAUUGAUUUAUUUUAGGUGUAUCCACGGACUAAUGGUCUGCCGAGAGAUAUUUCCAUGCUUGAGUUUCCCUCAAAUAAUCUUGUAGAUAAUAUACGACACGAACCAAGAAUAUUGACUGAAUCACGUAGCAUGCUGAAUUUUUAUGGUCAAGGUAUUUUCAGAUGAAAUUAUAAUUGCUCUUCAAUUGUUAUAGAUUGGUUUCGCCCUGGGCCUGUAUGGCCAUCGUAGAUUUAAAGCAUCAGAAAUGUGCAAUAUUUGAAAGGGUCUCUAUACAGCAUCCCGGAACCAUCAGCCGGACUUCGCGAAAUAUUGGUGCAAAUUUAUUUCAGUUGACAACAUACUGUACUCCUUCCCGGCUGUUCCUGCAAAUUCCUCAAAUCUUGUGUAGCACAACUGUCCCAGUAUUUCAUGAACUUUCCCUAAUCAAAAGGAUAUCUGGCUUUCAUGGCUAAAAAUUACUUUAUUAAUUAGCUAUUUUUCAGAGACACCUUAUUUUCUCUUCUCCCACUGUCCUGAUCUAGUGAAGGAGAGCGUUCAGAAGUCCCCAAGUGUCCAGUUAUAAGCAUUUUUCAUACGUGCGUGUACGCAGGGAAAGUUUAAAUCCAUUUAAAUGUUACUUGUGAAAUAACUGAAUGAAUAAAAAGUCCGCAUUUGUUUUUUUGUGUUAUUUAAUAUGUAUUUGUUGAGGUAAUUAGUACUUACAUUUAUAUGAAAUUUGGACAGGUUCAAAGUCUUCCACUACAGUGAAACACGCAAUUUGGUUGGUCAAUAGCCGUGCAGGAUCAAGCUCAUAUGACCAGGCUAUCCUGCACGAGGAAUUAAAAUGCCUUCGCGGGAUUUUCGCGGGAUUCUCAAAAUGUCAUUGUUUCACUGUACUUAUUUUAUAAAACAAUUACCAAAUGGUUUUCCAAGCAGGAUAGCGUGAUCCAUGCACUUGGGAUGUUGCUCGACUUUCAGAAAGCGUAAAAAUACACUCGCCUGCGGUUCGAGUAUUUUUAAGCUUUCUGAAAGUCCCGCGACAUCCCUCGUGCAUGGAUCACGCAAUCCUGUACGGAAAACCAUUCGGUAUUCCUUUAGUAGAAUCCAACGUUAGAGGACCGGCCAGCCUCAGAAGGGCCCACUUCUUACAGGAGAUCAGUAUGCUUACUAAUGUUUGCUAACAAUGUAUUGUUUGAUUAUUAGUAAGUUUAGAAGAUAUCCAAGGAUCUGUCACGUCGUCGAGUUCUCUAAUCUCUUCUGGUUCGAGUACGAAUUGUUUGGUGGAAGAAUUCAUGGAGGUCACACAUGCUUCGAGAGGUGAAGAAUUUUUCAUAUGUGACUGUUUUUCAGUCGUUCAUCCGGAGCAUUUUGUCGGGUGGAACAACUUAACAUUGGUCUAAAUUUCUCCCAGAGUGUUAGUUAGCCCUCAAUUUUAUGGGGGAGGGGCUGAUUUGCAGCGGGCAGGCACGGGGUCAAUUCCUCUCUCGUGUCUGCCAAAAUCCUGCCCACUGCAAAUCAGGCCCCCCAUAGCUCCAUCUUGGCUUCAAUUUUUGGACUCGAGUUCUCGCUCCAGAAAUAGCGAGCUCACUGUAAAAUAUUAGUAUAUAAACCAAAUAAAAACGUAUGUUAUUAAUAAGUCAGAGCGUUCUUUUCAAACUAAGCGGAUACAUGUGGGCAAGGCAUUAAAUAUAUUAUCGGGUGAACAUAGGCAUUAUUAAAGGAACGGUUAAUAUGCUCAAUAAUUUGGGUAGUAUUUUCAAGUAUCGAUGUUUUUUCUGUUUUGUAGAAAUAGCCGUAUGCUUACUUCAAAAAUACGAACAGAAUCUGCAGAUUGCAGUGAAUAUUUAUCUUGAGAAUUGUUCAUCGUGUAGUGAGGUAUCCAGUAUUUCUUGCAUGCCAAUGGAUGUUGAUGACGCCCAGGGUAUUGCUCAGGCUCCUGUGGUGAAGAUGUCUUCCCAUUGUUGUAAUAUGGAAAGUGAAACUAGUAACUGUGGUAAGUGAUGCAAGUCAUUCUUUAAUAGACAGAUAAACUAUAUAGUGCAUAUUAUAGUGCUCGUUGCCACCCAAUUCACGUUCUUGGCUGACUUGUUUGUCUAUUUACCGUUUAUUAUAUUAUAUUAUAAGAAUGUAAGCAUGUAAUGGACCAAAGGCAACCGAGCAUUUAUAUUGUAUUCCUAAGUAAUUUGAAUAACACUAUCCGAGGGGUGUCACAGCAUAGACUCUAAUCUUCUGAAGCUGCGUUUACACGCUACGAUUUGUCACAGAAUAAGAAGGUAUAGCAGAAGCGUACCUCUAGUCGUUUCCCUUAUUGUUUUACGUCCACGAAAAUUUUAACUCGCUCACGCCAAUCCACGUCAUCCUGGCUAGUACAACCGGAAGUUUUUAUCAGGUUUUGGUAGGUACAAAGUGCCGGUUGUACUAGCCAGGAUGGCGUGAUUGAUGACGAAUCGCUUGUAAAAACGAGGACAAAUACUUGCUUGAGUUACGCUUCUGCUAUACCUUCCUAUUCUGUAGAUUUGUCGUGUACGAUUCGUAUUCUGGCGUAUUAAAAUGCGUGCUGGCGCCAUAAUUCAUUGCCGUUUCGUUAAAAAGAAAUUUCAAAUGUAGCCAGCUUACGCGUGUUUACUCAAUGACAUAUGCCAUGCAGAAAACGAAUCGUACACGAUUAAUUGCAGCGUGUAAACGUACCUUUAAAGUACCACUAGUGAAACUGUUAAAAUUUCAAUUUCUCAUGCAUGCAUUGAACCAAUUUUGGUUCUGCCAAUAAUGGGAUGUUUCACCAGGGAUGUUAGUAGUUUUUCAAAAACAAAACAAUUGUCAAGAAAGCUUAUAAAUUUGUUGAUAUCGUCUGUGUAUGGAGCUUUGAUAAGAAACACUGUUGUUACUUAGCUUGCAGAGCCGGCGGUAUUAAGGGGUGGGGGAGUUGAGGCACGGGCAGCAAAUAUUCAGGAACCUAACUUUUUACCAACAUCUUGAGAGCACUAGCUACUCAGGGUACUUGUUACCAUCGCUCUGUACCUCUUGUUAAUAUAGUGUACAUUAAAUUAAUAUAAAAUCUUUGAGGAAAUGUGAUUGCCUUUGUUAUAGAUUUAACGAAGUGUUCAGGAGAACGACCGGCAACCCCUGAAGAUUUGAACAACAGCAUCCUGAGUUUACUGGUUAAAUUGAAGACUGUUCUUCUUAUGUCAGUUGCUUCACCAGUGUCACCCAGGUAACACUACCGCAAGUAGUUUAGUAAAUUUAUGACUGUUUUCAUGAAGGUAAUUAUGGCGACCUCAAGUCUAUUUCGCAAGAUAUAACAGGCAUAAGCACACAUGGAAGCAUAUAUAAUCACAAAAACCUGAUUGAGCAGAACCGAUGCGAAAGAAGAAAGCGCAAAAGCACAAAGAAAAAGUCAUUUAACAUAACUGCUGCAAAGUUGUUGUUCCAGAACCCAGCACAUUUAAUUAGACUUUUUGUUUGGUAUACCGUUAUGUCUCCGGCGUCUUAAUUUUAUUAUUCCCAAUAUAUGAUUCUAUAUAGGUGCGCCGGUGUUGCAGUCGUGAAUGAUGGCGUGAAAAAAAUCGAAAAACUGCUGGAACUAAUUUGCCGUUUGAGUUCAUCCAACGUGGAAGCAGUUGGGAGAUUGGAAACUAGGAAAUGUUCAUUGAGUCCAACGGAUGACAUCGAUGAUCCACUGGCCAAACAAGAGGAAAAGUAGGUUCACACGAAACUAAACUGUGCAAAAACACAUUUAUUAUACUAGUUGAAGUAGGCUGCACAAAAAACACUUAACGAAUCUCUUGUACUUGAAUUUUCUAUACUCGAUAUGUCCACACUUGGAUAUGUAGUCGUACAAUGUCGAACAAUGACUUCUUUUUCUCAUUUUCCACACCAUUGAACAAUUAGGUGCGCUAUCCGGUUAGUUGAGAUCAGUCGCUUUCUCGUGUUCAAUUCGCUCUUUCCUUUGAAGAUUAUAACUUUUGUUGCUACUUUUUAUUUAGGAAGAAAAGAGCUAAAGAAUACCGACAAAAAGUUCUGAAUCAACUUAAAAACCAGCAACAGAAGUUUUUUGAUAGUUACUGUAACCAAGGUAAAGAAAAUUUUCAUUCUUUUCAUAAUUAUUUUAAUAUGUCUAAGAAAACUUGAGUGCAUGUGAAAAACCUGUAAUGUUUGGUAGUAUCAAACUAGAAGCACUGUUCGCAGAUACUCCUGAGAAAAAUUAUCAUUCCAUCCCUCUCGCAGAAAUGACUAACAAUUUUGCGGGCUUCUGUGUAUGAUGCAACUACCUGAAAAAUAAUACAAACUUCGACGUUUCGAGCGAAGGCCCUUCGUCUACCACACUGACACCCAACAUGCACUAAUCCGUGUGCUACUGUACCAACUCUUGGCUGGAAAUACUGUAAGCACCUCCGCUAGCAUCUUGUAAGGGGUUACUUCUAUACUGUUAAGGAAUGAAUACUAAGGUAUCUUUUUUUAUCCAGGUACAAGUUCAGAUGUGGAUGGUGAAUUAAGGUGUUCACGGAGUUCUGUGGAGUUAUUUGACUGUGCUAUAUGUAAUCAAAAUGUUCCGUCAACUGAACAACAACCUAUUGGUUAUGUCGCCUUCCUUCAGUCAGGAACUGGUAAGUAGUUAAGCCUUUGAAAAUAAAUGUGUGUGAUUGAAAUUCUAUUGCUGAAAAGUGCAUUUAUACUUUAUAAUAUUAUUGAAUUUUAUUUUUUUUUAUUUUUGUUUAGUAUUAAAACAUCGUAAAAGGUCGGACACGUCGAAGUCAUCAAAUGAAGGACCGUCAUCGAGUGAACCAACCAAUGAAUCAUUCUGCUGUGGUUCUGUUUAUUCUGCAAGAAGAAAGUUUCUAUUAACGUAUUUUGAGAAGGUAGGUUUAACAUCCUGGUCCCUGAAUAUCACUCUGCCUUUCGGGGAUACGUAUCCAGGGGGCUUGUGAUAUUAGUAUAAUGGCUUGAGCCCCAAAAUAUGUGGUCUAAAAUAAAAAGUCAUAUCAUUCAUAAUUAAUAAUCAUCCCCCAGAAUCUAUCACCCCCUAGCUCUUCUAGAGUGUUCUCUUGGUUUUGCACUUGAAUAUUCUCACUGAAAGGCAUGCAGGCCGUAAUCUCUUGAUACAGCCCUCUACAAUGCAUUUUAUAUCGUAUUUGUUCAAUAAAUAAGAGAGGAAAUUUUGCGGAUUUUUCUCGACCAUGUCAUAUCAAAAGUGUAUUUCACCCCUUGCUUAUUUUCCCUUCAGAUCAAAGCUACUCAAGCAUGUGAACUUGGUAUUGAUGGUGGUGUUCAUAUUCAAUCUUGUGGUCAUUGUCUGCAUUUGAAAUGCCAUCAGACGUAUCUACAGACACUCAAGG